CACGCCCUCGCGGCUGGGGCUCUCGACCCGUUCCUCCCGGUCCAGCACUCCCCCGCAGAGCCCGUACGCAUCCAUGUUCUCAUCCGCCCGUCACGUUUGCCUCGCUCUCGCCUCAUUACUUUUUCCCACCCGCCCUGUCGCGCUCGCGCCCCGCUUGCAUUGCCUCCUUAUAAAUGCCGCGCCCCCCUUCCCUCGCACAAAUCAAAUCCGCAAUCUGGACCCCUCCUCCUCCUCCUCCUCCUCCGCCCCCCGUCGCCUCCGCCGUCUCUCCAGUCACCUCUCCGUCGCCGCGUCGGGCCGCGGGAUGGGAUCGCUCUCCGCAGCGCUGGACGGGCCGUUGCGGUAUCCGCCCGCUCGCAGGGACGAGUCCGUCGUCGACGAUUUCUUCGGCGUCAAGAUAUCCGACCCUUACCGAUGGCUUGAAGAUCCCGACAGUGAAGAAACAAAGGAGUUCGUGCAAAAUCAGGUGGAAUUGACGCAGACGGUUUUGAAGACGUGUGACGCGACGGAUAAACUGAAUGAAAAGAUAACGAAGCUAUUUGAUCAUCCUCGGUAUGAAGCACCGUUCAGGCGAGGGAACAAAUACUUUUAUUUUCACAAUACAGGGCUCCAAGCACAAAGCAUCCUCUACGUGCAGGAUAGUUUAGAUGCAGAAGCAGAGGUUUUGCUCGAUCCUAAUGCUCUCAGUGAAGACGGGACUGUCUCUUUGAACACUCUUUCUGUCAGCGAGGAUGCCAAGUACCUUGCUUAUGGACUUAGUUCAAGUGGCAGCGAUUGGGUGACUAUUAAACUUAUGCGUGUUGAGGAUAAGAAAGUUGAGCCGGAUAAUUUAUCAUGGGUUAAAUUUACUUCUAUCAGCUGGACCCAUGAUGGCAGAGGUUUUUUCUACGGCCGCUACCCAGCCCCGAAAGAGGGAGAUAUUGAUGCUGGGACUGAGACCAACUCUAACCUUUAUCAUGAAGUAUACUAUCACUUUGUGGGCACGGAUCAAACUGAAGAUAUUUUAUGCUGGAGGGAUUCUGAUAAUCCUAAGUACAUGUUUGGAGCCAGCGUCACAGAGGACGGGAAGUAUGUUCUCUUGGAUAUAGUAGAAGAUUGUGAUCCCGUCAACAAAGUUUACUACUGCGACAUGUCCAGCCUGCCGGAUGGGAUUGAAGGUCUCAAGAAGAGAAAUGAGCUACUCCCUUUCAUUAAGCUUGUAGAUAACUUGGAUGCAAAGUAUGAAGCUGUUGCAAAUGAUGAAACUGUAUUUACUUUCCUGACAAACAAAGAUGCCCCCAGGUAUAAAUUAGUGAGGGUGGACCUGAGAGAACCCAAUGUUUGGACUGACGUCAUAAAAGAAGCCGAGAAGGAUGUGCUGGAAUCGGCUUCUGCAGUCAAUCAUAACCAACUGAUAGUGAGUUAUUUAAGUGAUGUGAAAUAUGUGGUGCAGAUCAGAGAUCUGAAAACAGGUUCUUUGCUACAUCAAUUGCCCAUUGACAUUGGGACAGUUUCUGGGAUCUCUGCUCGCCGUGAAGAUAGCACCAUUUUUUUUAGCUUUACUAGUUUUCUUUCUCCGGGCAUCAUAUAUCAGUGCGAUCUACAGAAUGAGGCUCCAGAUAUGAAGAUCUUCCGUGAAAUUGUAGUUUCUGGAUUUGAUCGUUCAGAGUUCCAAGUUAAUCAGGUUUUUGUAUCUAGUAAGGAUGGCACCAAGAUACCGAUGUUCAUAGUAGCCAGAAAGGGCAUCUCUUUGGAUGGAUCACACCCAUGUUUGUUAUACGGUUAUGGUGGAUUCAACAUUAGCAUUACACCAUCAUUUAGCGUCAGCCGUACUAUACUCAUAAGACACUUGGGAGCUGUUUACUGCAUAGCAAACAUUCGAGGUGGUGGCGAGUAUGGAGAGGAAUGGCACAAGGCAGGGGCCUUGGCAAAAAAGCAGAACUGCUUUGAUGAUUUCAUCUCUGCUGCUCAGUACCUCGUUUCUGCAGGUUAUACCCAACCUAAAAAGCUGUGCAUUGAAGGGGGAAGCAAUGGUGGACUUCUUAUCGGGGCUUGCAUCAAUCAGAGACCUGAUCUUUUUGGCUGUGCUCUGGCUCAUGUUGGUGUUAUGGACAUGCUGCGAUUUCACAAAUUUACUAUUGGGCAUGCAUGGACUUCUGAUUUCGGUUGUGCCGACAAAGAGGAGGAAUUCCAUUGGUUGAUUAAGUACUCGCCGCUGCAUAAUGUGAGGAGGCCAUGGGAACAAGGUCCGGAUCAAUUAGUUCAGUACCCACCUACCAUGCUAUUGACUGCUGAUCAUGACGAUCGCGUUGUGCCACUACACUCGUUGAAGUUAUUGGCUACAAUGCAAUACGUCCUAUGCACAAGCCUUGAGAAAAGCCCCCAAACGAACCCAAUAUUAGGUCGAAUCGAGUGCAAAGCCGGACAUGGAGCUGGGCGUCCUACAAAGAAGAUGAUUGACGAAGCUGCCGAUCGCUAUGGUUUCAUGGCGAAGAUGCUGGAUGCCUCCUGGAUUGAUUAGAUGAAGCGAUUUAAUCGAUUCUGAAGUGCCCAGUUUAUUUUCUUUUUCUUGUUGACUUCGUAGAAACUUAAUUAUUGAUUAUUACUUCACAAUGUCUGGGAAAUUUCUUUUGAAUUAGAAGCUAACACAUUGUGAUAAUGGGAUCAAGAUAGAACCACAGAAAAAGGUGCUGCUAAGUAGGUUUGCAGCUUAAGCUGAUUCUCGUCCUUCCUGUAGUAGCCACCGUUACGCCGAUUGCUUUUGAUUUUACUUAGCAAA